GGAGGGAGGGAGGCCUACAACUCCCAGGACGCCCUCCUCCCCAGACGGGUCUCCACAGGACGCCUCCCGGGCCGGAAGGUCUGCUCCAGUGGUUUCCCUCCCUCCGUCUGCCUGCCUGUCUGUCUGUCUGUCCCGUUGUGUUUCUUGACCCCUUGGAGUGAGUGAGUGCCUCUGGUGUGGUUGUGAGAAGGCCCUCCCUUGUGCACGUGGUGGGGCUCAGGCCGCAUUGGAGUCCGUGGCCGGUGGUUUGCUCUCCUCCACAUUCGCAUGUCGUGGACUCCACUAUGAGGCCCCAUUUCUGAAGGUUGGCUCUGCGUCUCGUGGUGCCAGAGCGCAGCCUGUUCAGCGCCUUCUGAGUCUCUCCGUCUUGUGUGUGCCCAGGGGGAGUCUCCCAUUCGGUAUCAGCCAUGGCUUGAGGUUCCGGGUUUUAGCCUGCCACUUUUGGACUCUUGCUUGCUGAGGUGUUCCUACAAGUAUCUCUGUAGAUCUUAGGAAGCUGUUUCUUCAUUUAAGGCCUUGGCGUACUGACUGAUAUCUGAACAGAGGAUGGGCCAGAGAUGUCACUGCCUUGGUCCUUUCAUUAUGGGCUGCUACUUCCCAGCAGAUGUCAGGUGGGGCAAUACCGGAUGAACAGUAUAUUUUCUCCAGCGAUGUGAGGCGUAGACACCCUGUGAUCAUGCGGCAUGUUUAUUAAGAGCCACAUCCCCUCUGUUAACGUGGUGAGAUGCAUUCCACGCUGGGCAUGCGUACUCAGCCGCAGCCAAGCGCAAGGGCCGAGGUCUUCACUGUGCCUGGUUGUGAUCCCCAGGGUGUGCCAGUCCUCUUUCGUAGGAUGUUAUUUGUUGCUUGAUAGCCAAGCAGUGCUUCUUGUGGGUCAGAGCGCGGUCCAGGUGACUCCCAGAUAUGUUGUUGUGCGGCAAUGCUCCAGUGGGAUUCCCUCCCGGGUCAUCCUCAGAGCCCAACUUGCAGCAUGCAACCAGCCCCUCCCGAUGGGAAUCAGAGGAUCCCAGAGUGUGAAGGAACCCACAGAAGGGCCACCCUGCCCGGCCCCCUCCUUUCUUUCUUUCAUGCAGGAAGGGAGGAGAAACACCACGAAAGCAGCCCCGACAGAUGGCCACCCAACCACUGCUUAAGAACCUCCAAAGAAGGAGCCUCCCACCACUGAGCAGCCCUUCCUGAGGUUCAGGUGGAUCUCCUUCCCUGUCCUUGGAACCCACGGCUCCGCUGAGGCCUCGUCUCCAGGGCAGCAGAAAGGAAGCCCCCUCCCUCUUCCUUGGGGCCUCCUUCCCCACGUUCACACAUGGCUCCUCUCCAGCCCCCUCCUCUCGGUCUUCUUUUCCGGGGACUCAACAGACCCCGCUUCUCUUUCAGCCAGAGGUUCUCAACCUUCCUGAUGCCACGACCCCUUAAUACAGUAGUUCCUCAUCUUGUGGUGAGCCCCAACCAUAACAUUAUUUUCGUUGCCCCUUCAUGAAUGUCAUUUUGCUACUGUUGUGAAUCGUAAUGUAAAUAUCUGAUAUGCAGGAUGUAUUCUCAUUCACUGGACCAAAUAUGGCACAAAUACCCAAAGCGCUCAAAUUUGAAUACUGGUGGGGUUGCGGGUGUGGGAUUGAUUUUGUCAUUUGGGAGUCGUAGUUGCUGGGAUUUAUAGUUCACCUACAAUCAAAGAGCAUUCUGAACUCCACCAACUAUGGAGUUGGACCAAACUUGGCACACAGAACUCCCAUGACCAACAGGAAAUGCUGGAAGGGUUUGGUGGGCCUUGACCUUGCGUUUGGGAGUUGUAGUUCACCUGCAUCCAGAGAACAUUGUCGAUUCCAAAUAAUGAUGGAUCUGGACACCCUGGAAGUGUCUCCUGAUGUGAGGGAAUGGGCCGCCUGCCUGCAAGGAGGGUGCCCAGGGGAGGGUGUCCGGAUGUUGGAUAUGAGACCUUCCGGAGUAAAGGAGGGAGGGAGACGUCUCUGUGCAUGGCCCCAGGAAUCGGGGGUGGAGCUGGAUCGGACAUAUAAUAUUAUAAUAAUGACAUACAAUAAUAAUAAUAAUAAUAAUGUUAUAAUAUGGUAUUAUAACUGAUAUAAUGUAAUAAUAGUAAUAAUAUAAACUGUUCUCUCUCUUCCUUCCUGCAGAUAGAUAUUGGGUUGUGUCUCUGUUUAUCAUCUUAUUUAAACCCCAGUCUCUCAUUUCCAUUCUCCCUCUUUUUUAGAAACUCUUCCGUCUUAAUUCUUUUAAAACAUUUAUUGCGGAAUUUUCUAAUGUUAAUACUGGUGUUAAAGGAGAUAAUAAUAAUCCCUGGCCUGAGUUUUAUUUUGUGUCAUUUCCAAAAUGUUUUUAAUAACUAACUGGGGCUGGUUACAAGGACCAUCCCGUGCCCCUAUGAAGACAGCUCCACUGGCUUCCAACAAGUUUCCGUGCCCAAUUCAAGGUGCAGGUGGUUACCUAGAAAGCCCUAUACACUUGGGGUCCAACCUCUCUUCAGGACCACAUCUCCUUUUAUGAACGGUCGCGAACUUUAAGAUCUGCCAGGGAGGCCCUCCUCUCGGUCUGCCACUGUCUCAAGUAGGGUUGGUGGGGACGAGAGCGAGAGAGAGACUGCGAUGGGGGGGGGGGCUUCCUUCUCGGUGGUGGCCCCGUGGCUUUGGAAUGCCCUCCUGAAGGAGAUCAGGUUCCCCUUCUCUUCAAGCUUUCUGGGCACAACUGAAAACACGGUUUUUUGAACAAGCCUUUGGACCAGGAUGAGCACCUUCCUCACUCAACCUGAGGCCUUAGGGAUGGAUUCUGUUAGUACUUUAUGGACUGAGACAGUUCACAGCCUGUUGUGCCGCAGCUUUGCUGCAGUGUUGAAUUUUAAUCAGUUGGGUUGUAUGUUAUUCAAUGGAAUUAUUGCUUUGCAAUCUUUUUCUUCUUCCUGGCUUGCAAGAGGCUCUCACUCACUCUUCUUUCACUUUUGAAAACAUUCUCUUCUUGUCUCUCUCUCUCUUAAAAAAUAAGAUCACUCCAGCCUGGGAGGAGAAGCGGAGAAGGGAUGUUUUGGAAAAGACAACACACUGUAGUCUCCAGGCUCCACUGCCUGGCUUGACCUUGACCCGAUUAUAAGCCUGGGGAGGCUUUUUCAGCUCAUAAAUAAAAAACUCGGCUUAUCUUCGAGUAUAUACGGACGUGAGAGUUCUCUGGAGCCACCCCUGCCGUGAUGGGAAACGAACCAGCACUACAAACCAGCAGUAGAUAUUAAGGCAUUCGGAAACCAAAGUGCAGUAAAGAAAACCAGUCCUCUAGGAAAAGGGAUUCCUCUCGAGGGGCUGAUCCUGCUGAAUUCCUACAUUCACUUUGGAUUGUAGAGUAGAACCAUAGAGUCGGAAGAGACUGCAUGAGGCACCCAGUCCAGGCCUCUGCCGUGCAAGGAAAGUGCAAAGUACCCCUGACAGAUGUGCAUCUGGCCUCUGGUUAAAGGAUUCCAGAGGAGCCUCCACUACAUUUUGAGGCAGAGAGUUUCACUGCCGAACAGCUCUUACAGUCAGGAAGUUCUUAAUGUUUAGAUGGAAUCUACUUUCCUGUUAAUUGAACCUACUGCUGUGAGUGAUCAGAAAGGGAAAAACAAUCAAGUGUCCAUAUUGGAAUUAAAUGUACAUAGCACUGUUGACAUGGAGGAGAAAGCAUAUAAAUGUAUCGAAUGUGGAAAGAGCUUUAGUCAGCAUGGAAACAUGAAGAGACAUCAAAGGAUUCACACUGGGGAGAAACCCUAUAACUGCCUGGAGUGUGGACAGAGCUUCACUCAGAAGGGACAGUUACAUUCACAUCAAAGGACUCACACUGGGGAGAAACCCUAUAACUGCCUGGAGUGUGGACAGAACUUCACCCAUAGUUCAGGCCUACGUUCACAUCAAAGGAUUCACACUGGGGAGAAACCCUAUAACUGCCUGGAGUGUGGACAGAGCUUCACUCAGAAGGGACAGUUACAUUCACAUCAAAGGACUCACACUGGGGAGAAACCCUAUACAUGCCUGGAGUGUGGACAGAACUUCACCCAUAGUUCAGGCCUACGUUCACAUCAAAGGAUUCACACUGGGGAGAAACCCUAUAACUGCCUGGAGUGUGGACAGAGCUUUACUCGGAAGGGACACUUACAUUCACAUCAAAGGACUCACACUGGGGAGAAACCCUAUAACUGCCUGGAGUGUGGACAGAGCUUCACUCAGAAGGGAAGCUUACAUUCACAUCAAAGGAUUCACACUGGGGAGAAACCCUAUACAUGCCUGAAGUGUGGACAGAACUUCACCUAUAGUUCAGGCCUACGUUCACAUCAAAGGAUUCACACUGGGGAGAAACCCUAUAACUGCCUAGAGUGUGGACAGAGCUUUGCUCAGAAGGGAAGCUUACAUACACAUCAAAGGACUCACACUGGGGAGAAACCCUAUAACUGCCUGGAGUGUGGACAGAGCUUUGCUCGUAGUUCAGGUCUACGUUCACAUCAAAGGACUCACACUGGGGAGAAACCCUAUAAAUGCCUGGAGUGUGGACAAAGCUUCACUCGUAGUUCAGGACUACGUUCACAUCAAAGGACUCACACUGGGGAGAAACCCUAUAACUGCCUGGAGUGUGGACAGAGCUUCACUCAUAGUUCAGCACUAUGUAGACAUCAAAGGACUCACACUGGGGAGAAACCCUAUAACUGCCUGGAGUGUGGACAGAGCUUUACUCAUAGAUCAGGCCUACGAUCACAUGAAAGGACUCACACUGGGGAGAAACCCUAUAAAUGCCUGGAGUGUGGACAGAGCUUCACUCAUAGUUCAGGUCUACGUUCACAUCAAAGGACUCACACUGGGGAGAAACCCUAUAACUGCCUGGAGUGUGGACAGAGCUUCACUCAUAGUUCAGCACUAUGUAGACAUCAAAGGACUCACACUGGGGAGAAACCCUAUAACUGCCUGGAGUGUGGACAGAGCUUUACUCAUAGAUCAGGCCUACGAUCACAUGAAAGGACUCACACUGGAGAGAAACCGUAUAACUGCCUGGAGUGUGGACAGAGCUUCACUCAUAGUUCAGGUCUACGUUCACAUCAAAGGACUCACACUGGAGAGAAACCGUAUAACUGCCUGGAGUGUGGACAGAGCUUCACUCAUAGUUCAAGCUUACGUAGACAUCAAAGGACUCACACUGGGGGGAAACCCUAUAAAUGCCUGGAGUGUGGACAGAGCUUCACUCAUAGUUCAGGCUUACAUAGACAUCAAAGGACUCACACUGGGAAGAAACCCUAUAACUGCCUGGAGUGUGGACAGAGCUUCACUCAUAGUUCAGGUCUACGUUCACAUCAACGGACUUACACUGGGGAGAAACCAUAGAAAUGCAUGGAGUGUGGACAGAGCUUUUCACGGAGUAAGUUUAUACAUAAACAUCAUAAAAUUCACCCUGAAGAUAAUGGUGUUAAUUGACCCCAGAGUGUCAUUCUAACAUGUACAAAAGCAACUCUAACACAUUUUGGAAAUGCAAGCUCAAAGUUGGAACAUUUCAUCACAUGUGGUGUAUUGUAGGAAGAUUGAACUAAUAUACGUUCCAUUCUGGAAGGAAACAAGGUUAAAUGAAACUAGAGUUUUAUCUGUUGAGAAUGUUGGAUGAUCAGUCAGAAUGAAAACAUGGGUAGUUACUGCGAGAUACUAAAGUAAGAAUUGACAGGGAUAGAAGGAAUGUUUUAUUCCAAAGCAAAAAUAAUGGCUUAUGAAGAUCUGCAAAUUAGCCAAAACGAACAAACUGACAACAAUGUGGGCAAAUGUCAGUUGUAAUAUCUAUUAAUUGGAAGAGUGUUAUCAGAAAUAGAAGUGUUGUUAUAUUAUAUUAUCUAAAGGGAGAAGAAUAAUGAGAGAUAAAAAUUAACAGAUCGAAUGAGGCCUUUAGGCAUGUAUCCCUGUCUGAUUUCUAGUUCAGUUGUGUGUUUAUGUAGGUAAUUGUUUUGCUAGUAUGUUUGUUUCUGAUUUAGUUUUGUAUCUCUUGUAGUUAGUUUCAUGUUCAGUUGAAGCAUUAUAUAUAAUUUCUGCAUUUUUUGUAUUGUUGCUUUUAAUUGUUUUUAUUUGCCUGUGUAGAUAAAGGAGUACUCAUGUGCAGUGCUUGAGUGCACACACUCAAAAAGUAUGGCUGUGGCCCUCACACAACAGAGGAUUGGCUAGGCUUUGAUGAUGCAAGGCUAUUCAGUACUAUUCAUGCUGGCCAACAAGGGAUUCCCUUAGGUAGGAAGCAGCCAGGCAAGUGGGGUUUAUAUCCCUGUGGAAUAAUCUCCAGGGUGGGAGAAAGAACUCUUGUCUGUUGGAGGGAAGUAUGAAUGCUGCAAUUAGCCAGAAUGAUUAGCAUGUAAUGGCCUUUCAGCUUCAAAGCCUGGCUGCUUCCUCCCUGGGGGAAUCCUUUGUUGGGAGGUGUUAGCUGGCCCUGGUUAUUUCAUGUCUGGAAUUCCCCUGUUUUCAGAGUAUUGCUCUUUAUUUACUGUCCCAAUUUUAGAGAUUAUAUUGUUCUGUAUUAUUAUACCACAGUAAUUAUUAUAUAUUAUGUUUAUAAUCUUAACGUUAUUUGAUUAGAACUGGAUUAUAUGUGGCCCCUUCUACACAGCUGCAUAAAAUCCACACUGAAGUGGAUUAUAUGGCAGUGUGGAAUCAAGAUAAUCCAGUUCAAAGCAGAUGCUGUGGAUUAUGUGCCUCUGGGUUAUAUAUCUGUGUGGAAGGGCCUUGAGUCUACACUGCCAUAUAAUCCAGUUCAAAUCAGAUAAUCGGUAUUCUAUAGGCAGUGUGGAAGAGGCCUAAGUGAACUCUGUUAGGGAGUGAAUAUAGCGGAACCAGCAGCAUCCAGUUAACACCAUGUGCAAAGAAACUCACACCAGGCAGAGGAAUUGAAAGAACAAAGGAACUUUACUCUUGCUUGUUGAGUGGAAAUAUAAAACAGUUCUGCAAUCGUACAAUGUCCAUGUAGUUGCAUAAGAUCAAUAACUAAUCAAUCAGCAUUCAAUAUAUCCAGCAUAGCAUAUUCAAACUGCUACUUGACCGUAGCUGGAGAGCAUGUCUUUUCUGUGCUCUCCCUGGAAGCCCAGAUUCCCAGCUGACAAACCCAGCUAUCUGCCAGCAAACAGAUACAUUGUUUGAGGCAUGGCUUGCCUCUGCAAAAAGCUGAGCUCCCCUUUUGCAGAGAUCUUUUGCAAACAACUUUGCAAGGAUUUCUUUACACACACACACACAUAGCAAUUUGGCACAAUAAACUCUACCUGUCCCCGAGGCGCCAUUGUGAGUUGCUAUGACAUGAAGGGGGUGGGGCCUGAAGGGGCGGGGCCUAACCUUCUGACUGGCAGCCAGGGAGAGAGCGGCUCUUCCUCCUCCCUCCUCCCUCCCUCUGCUUUCUUAUUGGAUGUCUAUGUGUUCCUGUGUGCAAGGAAGGAGAGAAGCCCCUCCAAGAACAGCCCUGGCAGCUGCCUCUCUCUCUACCUGCUCUUCUCUGCAUGCUGGGCUCCCCCGUUAGCUGUAAACACAGUCACCCUCCUCAGGGCAAGGGCGGAGAGUGAAGGGAGGGGGGCAAGUGAAAAACAGAUAUAGGUUUUUCAGGGGGGAGGGUUGAGUGAAGGACAUACCUGGGAUGGUUUGGUGUAUUGUGGCCAAACUUGGUGUGAUCUGGCCCAGUGGUUUUGUUGUUAACUUGGUCCUAGUUAUACACAUUACAUUUUUUAUAUAUAGAUAAUUAUCCUGUGUCCUGUUUGGGAACCUCGCCACUUCCCAGGUGAGGCCUCGGAUCCAAAAGGUUCCAAGCGCUGACAAAGAACAGAUGCCAGCCAUAAAACCUCAAUUACCCUAUGGUAUGUGUGAGCCCCUAUAUAAAUGGGCUACAGAGAAGAUUCUGGUAUUCUGUACAAUAAAAAUCUGUUGGAAUCUG